CCGUAAUUUUUCAGUAUGAAACUCAAAUUUCUUCUGGGUCUUCUUUUCAUUUGUUGGAGAUCAGCCGCAACAGAAGAAUAUACAAAUCAUUGGCUUACUGAAGACACUGCAAGCGUUCAGUUCUGCUCACAUGACGGAUUUCUGAAAGAUGGAUCUUGCGUUUGUACUGCAGAUUAUAAUUCGAAUUCUUGUUUGAAACGAAAAUGCAGAAAUUUUGGAUUCGACGGCCAAUCAUUCUCAAGCAAUAAAGUCGAUCGGUGCAUUUGCCCUCCAGGGUUUUUAGGUCGCAAUUGCGAGCCAGUGAAAUGUGUUCCUGGUUCAAAUCAAGCGUACUCCUCAUCAAAUAGUGAAAAAUCAAUAAGUCUUCUAGCCUCAUUUAAUACGAAAAUGGCAGAAACAUGGCAAACUGGAAAUAUCGGAAACCUUUUUUGCGAAAAAGAAGGUUAUUGGAGAAGUUUUAACUACAACUACGAUAACGCAGGCUAUACAUCGUCACCAUCUGAAAAUACUACUACUUGUACUGAAAAAGUUCAAGAUUAUUUGACCCCAGACCCGUGCCAAAAUGAUUACGGAAAUGCAACUACUUGUGGACAGCUCGAUAUUAACAAUCUUAAUUCUCUUGUUCAAAACUCUCCCCCAAAUUCAAUAGUGUUUGUUGUGACCAACAUGGGUGUUAUUCCGAGCAGUGCAACAGACGCGAUGGCUGAAGAUAUUAUCGCUACUUCAAUUGCACGAAGAAUUCAGAUCAACGUGAUCGUCUACAACAACACGGAUUUUUUGUCAAGCGAUAGUGGAUUGGCAUACUUGAGUAACAUUACUUCUGCAACGUUUGGAACCUACAUUCUUCCCAGCAUAAAACCGACAAACGAGCAAUAUGACAUUGUGAACACUCUUCUCAAAAACUGGGUUUCCGGAAUACAAGUGUCUACAGUAUUUUCAGAUAGCGUUAAAAACUUACCUGUCGAUAAUUCUUUGGAUUUAUUUGUAGCUGCUCAAACAAACUAUGGUCAAGACUUAACAUUCAAUACAAACAGUGCUCCAGUGAUUCGUCAAACUGAUUUUUGGAAGCUUUACAAAUUGUCGGCUGAAACAUACGGCAACGUUUUGUCCAUAUCUGGACAGCUUCCAAACACACCAGUUUAUGUGUAUUCGUCAGGUGGUCUUAUAGCAUAUUCAGCUUUCACAAGUGAUGACGAUAGAAACAAUUCUGUUGUCGAUUCUGCGUACAGUGUUUCUGUAAUUGGCUCAAAGUAUACUCUUGUUGUUCGUUUGGAAUCUCAAGGUAAAGCCUUUGAUAAUGAAGUCGGAAUGAAGUUCAUUGGAACUUCCGGUUCAAUUACAUUGGGAGCAGACAUCAUAUGUCGGAUUGGUUGUCAGUUCAAUUAUCAAGCAUCUGCAACCUGCAAUUCUGUUGGGGCGUCUGUCGCAACUGUAGUCACCGCUGAUAAUCCUCGACGUUCAGUGUCUUUCCCUAUUUAUUGUGCAAGCUUAGCAUAUGCAAGCAGUAAAUACAACAAUAUCUCGUCAGAAACAGUCGGAAUCGCCCAUCUGGAACAUAGACAAUCCCUUGCGAAAGACUUCACGUGUUCCAAUGCGAGCCAAGAAACAUUUGGACAAAGAAGUUUUGUUAUUCUUGCUGAAAACACAAAAGACACUGAUGUGAUGAAAAGUUCCGUGGAUAACGUUUUCAGAAACAAGAAUAGUAUCUUCUACCAGCUUAGUCCUUUUGUCAACUCUGCUCCUCCACAGCGAUAUGCAAACUUUUUCGCUGUUCUGAAUAAAUGUUCCGAAACUGCACAAACGGAGCAAAGCUCUGACUAUGGAACGUUUUUAACAAAAGUUAUGAAUGUUACUAGUAAAUCACAACAACGACCCAAUGAUCCAAGUGAUCCUGUCAAGGUCACAAAUUUCCUGCCUCAAGCAAUUGCAGGAGCGAACGCCUAUUCUGACAUUCUGCUUGUGAUUAAUUAUAACGUGUCUACCAUUACCGACAACGAUGCUACCGAAAUCAAAAGUGCAUUAGAAAAACAAAGAUCUCGACUAUACAUUCUUUUUGUUCAAACGUAUUUCAACUACACUGAUACUUACUAUGCCAUGAACAAACUGGCGAUUGCGAGUGGAGGAGUGGCGAUUCGAGUGAACACUUAUGAUGAUUUGAGCACGUUCUUUGCACAAUACUUCCCACUUCUCGUUGCAAAUGACAUUGUCGCAAAAGCAUAUGCUGAAAACCCAAGACCUGGAGUUGCGUUGAAUAAUGUCAAUCUACUUGCUCAACAAUAUGUUCUUCUUGUAACAAAUGAGGAUUCAUUGGGAGAUGGCCCGGUGCCAGCAUCGGUAACUGUUACCGGGAUUAAUGUUACACAACUACCAACAAUUGGCGAACUUCAAUUAUUCACUCUUAUUCCAGAAAAGGCUGGUGUGUUUAACAUUCCUAUUUUGUUUGCUACUUCCGGAUUUUCUCAAUACUCGAACGCUGUUUUGUUGGCUAGUACUACAAGUACCAGUGACUUCAUCAGUUUGAAAUUUGUGGAUUCAAGCGGAAAUCUGAGAAAUGAUGCGGUUUAUAACGGAAAAUUCACUCCAUUGUUCUAUUCAUCUUCAUCUUUUGAUGACGGGUCAAAAAUUACCAUUACAUACAGUGAUGCAACAAACCCAGCAAAUCCAAUUUAUAAUGGAAAUAUUACGUCUGCUUUAAAUGACUGCAAAUAUUAUGCAAACACAAAAAAUUACGCCUGGGCCUGUAGUAUUUCCGGUGGGCUCUAUCAUUUCAAGAUCGAUAGAGUUUUGAACGGUGAAACGAUUUCGAGAACCUUCCCAAUUACUUGCCUUGGAGCAGAUGUAGGAGACUGCCUCAACGGUGGAAAUCUAACAGAUGCUGGUUCAUGCAUUUGCCCAUUACAGUGGACAGGAACUAACUGUCAAGCUCCGCAAUGCUUGAAUGGAGGUACACUGAAAACUGAUGACACUUGUGCAUGUCUCGAUAGUUUCAAAGGAGAUUUUUGUGAAACAAGUACCUCUGUUUGCGCUGGAGCUCCGACAUCUCCGGACUAUCGCUCUGAACUGAGUUCAUUGGUAAUUGUUGCUGAUGUCAACGCAUUAUCAACAAGUAGUCUAAGCAAUACGGUACCCGGAAUAACUGGAGUGCCAAUUACUGUCAUUCUAUAUGGCGAUGGAAAUGCUCCAAGAAUUGUUCAGUCUACAACUAACAGUGAGCAUCUCUCCGAGGUAUUAGGUGCACCGACGGGUACCACAACUUCACCAAGUUCAACGGCUUCACCAGCACCAUCCGCAAGUGAUAUGUAUAAGGCUCUGAAUUUGGCACUUGACAAUCAGCUCACCGACCGUGCAUUUGUAAUUGUAUACACAUCAAAUUCCAAUGUCACCAUUGAUCCUGACUUUUUGAUCCGUUUGGCAGUCAGAAGAGCCGAAGUACGAGUGUUGUCAACUUCGGGAACUGAAAGUCAAAACUCUAUAACAUUAUCGCUAGUCGGAAAUGGAAUUCCUAUUGCGAUAAAUGGCGCGAAAGAUUUCGAAAAUUACCUGACAUACUACGUUGUUCCCUUAUUCCAAUCACUACAAUACCAAGUGAACACUCCACAACGAGUGUUCAAUGUGUUCCAAACAGGUCAAUUCUACAACUCUACGCAAAUUUCUAUCCCAGCAGAUUCCACAUUUGAUAACGCUAAACCAAAUCUUUUUGUGCAUGUGUACGAAGGUCGCAUUAAUUAUUCAGAUCCUUCAACAAAUGGAAACGAGGUUGGCAAUUCUACUAUAUACUUUCUCCCUUAUGACCCCACAAAACCUAUCAACUUAAUUGUGAAUAAUAAUGGCACGACCGGUUACUACGCAAUCGAAGUCAUCGGAUAUCUAAAGACAUCAUAUGGUUUCAAUAUUGAUAAUGCUAACGGAUCAAAUGAAAACCUGAACUCGGGAGUAGUAUAUAACCAACAAAACACAUUGAAUAUCUAUUCUGCGCCGUUUUCACAGCUUCCUAAAACUGAUCCAUCAAACUUCCCAUAUCUCACACUUGGAGAAAUUGCCAGUAACGGAACAGUUUUACCUGCAACAACAGUUUUGUUUACAAGAAAAAGUGGUGCGUCCUGUUUUUACAGUCACUUCACCGUUCUUGAUGUCUGCUCCCAAAGCACAACAAUUGGAUAUCAGGCACAGUUGACCACAAGAACAAGCACCUUGACAAAUAGGAUUCAACAAUUUGUGCUGACAUGCUUUAAAACAAGUUAUGCAAAUAAUGAUACUUCCUGCCAUGGACAUGGAUCACCAAUGGCAACCUGUGCCUGUAAUGCUGACUUCGGAGGAAUUGAUUGCACUGAACCGGCUUGUGUAAAUGGAGGUGUUCGGGAUGGGUCGGUUUGUCGUUGUCCUGUAAGAUUCUAUGGGCUUCGAUGUGAAGAAUCUUUUGAAUCAGAACCAGCUUCGUCUACUGUCUCCGUGAUAACUUCAACUACUAUGCUGCCUUCUACGUCAACUGUUGCUCCAAGCACAAGCCAAUCAACAAUAGUUUCCACUGUUACUACACAGUCACCAAGUCCUUCAACAACAGCUCCAAAACAAGUCCGAGCUGCUGCAUUCAUUAUUGACUGCAUGGGAACUGAUGAUUAUGCUUUCAAUCAGACAUUCAAAUCGAUUGCACAGUACUUCAAGACAUUUGGCUAUAGCCAUUACAUCAUGUUAACCAAUAAUUUGAAUGGAAGUUUACAAUUGAACAAUGGAAGUUUACUAUUUGAAGAUUUCCAACAAUAUUCAGAUGAGAGUAUGAUUAUGAGCAAACUACCCCUGUAUUGGAGUUUAAGAGCCACCCCAAGUAGAACCGCUAGCGUCAGCAACGCGCUCAGUAAGAUUCUUGCAAGUUACAAUAGAAACGGUACAGAGUUCAAAAACUCUGUAAGCAUGAAUAUUUUUUAUGCAACUCAAAUAGGGCUGGGCGAUGAGGAUCCAACUGCAGCAGGCUUAGAAGUUUUCAACAAGAGCGCGAUUGUAUAUUCUGCAUUCGCAAAAAAUGCCAACCAGACAAUUGUGACUUCUCUUCAAAAAUUCAGUACCGACGUAACCACUGCUAGAGAUUAUUACAGUGGUCUUUCUGAUAUGUAUGAAAGCACUCAACCCCAGGGUUCGAAUGAGCUCCCUCCAAAACCGGAUCAACUUAGUUGUGUGUACGGCCUGCAAUCGAAUAUCAAAAUUGCAAUUGAUAGAUCCAACUCGUCAAACCCAGAGGUUAACACAAUUAUGAAUAAUUUCCUUGUCAAUUUCCGUCUUGGAUUUAAUUAUAUUGAAAAUGAUGACAACAGAUGCGGGGAUAAGUUACCAGAAUUUUAUACCGGACGAACUGCAUUAACGGCGUUCCCGUAUUAUGAUGCCAUUGCAAAAAUAGCAACAUUUUGUCCAUCUCAAUACACUUCGAUGCUAUCAUUCCAAGUCGUCGGAAGCCAAUUACAGCCAAACUUCACCGAUAAAUAUGUCAAAGUCAUUAGCAAGAACAUUAACAGUGCCGAUUGUUCGUGCAACAGAUUCAACGACACUAACACUGCGAAGUUUAUCAUUUGGAUGCCUCGUUCUGCAGCGCCCGUCACUGAUGAUGAUUAUUUAACCUUGCUCAAACUCAACACCACAAAUGCAUAUCACUUUGUCGUUCCAUUUUACGAUAGUGCUGAUAACGUUUUAGUUUUUUAUACAUUUUUGAGAAACUAGAACCUUUCUUUUCAGAGUACCGAUUUGUACUACCAGAUUCUUGUGAAGCAAGCAGGACCCGAAGGUCCCGAUUAUUAUUGGUUACCAAAUGCAGUUAAUGCUACAAAUUUGCAAACGAAUGUAAUAAAUAUUCUAUACGAGAAGCUUUGCCAAACUGCCGGUGUUGACCCAACAGCAAUCCCACCAUAAUUUUUCGAAUCCAACAUUGAGAAUAGGCACGAUGACUAUUACUACUGAAUGUUCGGCUAAACAUUUGUUUGUACGAAUAAAGAAUGAAACAUUUUCCCUU